AUGCUCUCGUUGCAGAUUAAGGAUGUAGAAGUCCUCAACUGUGAAUAUGGCAAGAACACAAUUAAGUUCCUCCGUCUUAGAAGAGAGGGGAAGAAGCACUUUGUUAAAGAAGUAGAAGUGUGCACGCAUCUCCGGCUGACCUCUGCCCACGAGUAUCUGGAGGGAAACAACGCUGCUGUCAUACCCACAGACACCAUAAAGAAUAUCGUCUUUGUGCUGGCCAAAAAAAAUGGGAUUCAAACUAUAGAACAAUUUGCUAUUGAUAUCUGCAAAUACUUCAUGACAACAUUUUGUCAAGUGGCGUAUGUCAAAACCUAUAUUCAAGAAGUACCAUGGCAACGACUACAGAGAUGUCCUCUGGUUGUUUUUGCUGGAAUUAAAGAUAUGAAACUUAUGAAGACAACAAUGUCUGGAUUCGAAGGCUUCCAUAAGAGUGAAUACACCACACUUCCUGAAAGGAAUGACAGGAUUUUAUGUGGAGAACUCUUCUGCAAAUGGUCAUACGGCGAAUGCAAAGAUUUAGAUUUUGACUGCAUAUGGAACAAAGUCCGGGAGUGUGUCAUUGAGGCCUUCUCUGGGCCACCAGAGUGUGGGGAGUAUUCGCCCUCCUACCAGAAGACUGUCAACAGUAUCCAGAUGCUCAUCCUUUCUAAAGUGUCACAGGUACAGGUCAUUGAAGUCAUGUUGAACAACACUUUUUACAAUGUAUUAGAUAUGAAGAACCUAGGCUUGACCAAUGACAAAGAAGUUCUGAUUCCAGUGGAAGCUCCCUAUGGCUCCUGCACUUGCACACUUGGCAGAAAGAGGUUCUUGGAAGCACAAGGCCAAGUGCUAAAAGAGAAGUAAAGUCA